UUUUGCCUGUGAUAUGAUUAUGAAUCUAACAUCCGGGUCCUUCACAGAGCUGUGAAAGCUGUUGCUUCCAUAGUGACCUCAGACGGUAAAACAGGACUUUUAUUUUGGUAGUCUCCACCGGAUGUUCCGUGUUUUGGCAGUUAGCUUGACUAGAAAUCAGAUCCUGAAGUUGCGUUACGUGAAUGGAGUAGUGUGGACGGUCUUGUUAAAAUCUAAUAUUUUGACACCGAAUUCCGUUAAACCGAUAACAACCGGUCCGUUUCUUCCUUCGUUAACCGUUGAAAGGAGGAGGAGGUGUUUCGGCUGACGACUUCUCACUUUUGUGACGAGCAGAGGGGAAAAAAACACUGAAGCUAACGAUAAGUAGCCACCAUGUCGUGGGAAGAAAUGCCUUGUUUGGCCUCGCCUCUGUGCUCGCUGGUUCCCCGUCUCCGUGCUCUCUGAUCCGGACUAAACCAGCACAGGUAACUUCCCCUUCAGCUGUCAACGCAGGUAACCCUUCGCCUCAUUAAUUAGUCAGCGUUACCGCGGUUAUCCAGCUUCGUAGCUCCGAGCCAUGGCGGACAGCUUCGGGGACAAGUCCAGCGGCGGUGCCCUUGGUUUAGGCGUCACUGGACAGGGCGGUGGGGCUUCACUGCUGCCGACUUUGGCCAACUCUCUCCCGGGGGGACACUCAGCAGCUCCCGGGGCUCACACCAACUCUAACCCGGCCUCCCCUCCUCUCGCCGCGGCCGCGCACAGUGGCCUAACCGCCGUGGUGGCUCCGAUUUCCGCUGUCACCGCCACUACAGCCGGCUUCGGGGGCACUUUCACCCCCGGGUCUUCACCACCAGCCGUGGCCGUGUCACCCACCGUGCACUCAUCGGCACCCAUACCCGGGGUGGGGUUAGGGGUCGCCGGGGUGGCUGGGGUGGCAGGAGCGGGCCUCCUGUCCCAAAUCCACGCCACCUCCUGGGACCCGACCCUGAGCACGGACUGGGACAACGAGAAGGCUUCCCAGCAGUGCAUCCUGAGGAUAAAGAGAGACAUCAUGUCCAUCUACAAAGAGCCUCCUCCAGGGAUGUUUGUGGUCCCUGAUCCUCAGGACAUGACCAAGAUCCACGCUCUGAUCACGGGGCCGUUCGACACGCCAUACGAGGGCGGAUUCUUCCUCUUUCUGUUCCGCUGUCCCCCCGACUAUCCCAUCCACCCGCCGAGAGUCAAACUCAUCACCACCGGUCACAACACGGUUCGCUUCAACCCCAACUUUUACCGCAACGGAAAAGUCUGCCUCAGCAUCCUGGGGACGUGGACAGGUCCAGCCUGGAGUCCAGCUCAGAGUAUUUCAUCAGUCCUAAUCUCCAUUCAGUCUCUGAUGACGGAGAACCCAUACCACAACGAACCGGGCUUUGAGCAGGAGCGCCACCCAGGGGACAGUAAGAACUACAACGAGUGUAUCCGCCAUGAAACCAUGAGGGUGGCAGUGUGCGACAUGUUGGAGGGGAAAGUCCCGUGUCCAGAGGCUCUGUGGAGUGUGAUGGAAAAGUCGUUCCUGGAGUAUUAUGAUUUCUACGAGGGAGUCUGCAAAGAGAGGCUUCAUCUGCAGGGACAGAACAUGCAGGACCCGUUUGGCGAGAAGCGCGGCCGUUUCGACUACCAGGGCCUCUUGGCUCGCCUCAACGCCACCCACAGGCGCAUACGUGAGAAAAGCCUGGCGGAGGACGACCACAACAACGACGACUCGGACUCAGACACCAGCUCUUCAGGGACGGACCCCGACAGCCAGGGCAGCUCCCAGCCCUGACUCCCCGCGCGGUGCUCGACUCAACGCCAAGGAUGUCAAAGACAGAGGCACCUUUUUUUGUUUUGUUUACAGCAGAGGAACAAAAUCACUGCAGAGAUUUAAACGCCUGAGUUACAGGCUUUUGUAAGUCCAAGAUUUCAGUGGGAUCAGGCUUUUGUUGCUGGGAUGUUGCAGACAGAAGGAUCAGUCUCUUAACGAUGAAAAUGAGCACCAUCCAUCCGUCAAAUGCUGGAAAAUUUGGCCUGGAGCGGUGUUUCUGUGCUACUUCUGUAGCUACCAGCUGUCACUUUGAUGCUGCCCAAACGCCGGGAAGAUUUUGAGACCAACCAACCAUUGAUGCUCGUGGAUAUAACGGGUUUAUUUCAUGGCUCAAAUGUUUGAAAGCGCUGAAGGAAUGGACAAAAGACGCUGCAGAUUCCAAGGAUUCCUUUUUAGGUGAAUGGGGGAUCAGCCUGAGCCAAAAAAUCGAAGCCGACUCUCCUUCAAAGCACUUUGAAUUCAAGAGGAGAGGAAGAAAGUUAAAGGCAGUUUUAGAGAGUGACACUUUGGCUUUUUCGUUUUUGAGUCCCGUGCCUUGUCUCCUCCGGCCCGUUUGAAGCCUCUCUUCAAAGCGGACCUCAAACAACCAGACCACGUACGACAUCAGCAGCUCUGACGGUGAUUCCUGUGUGUGAUUCAAAAAGUUCUGCUUUUUUUUCAGUUCUUCUCGUGCUGUUGAAUUCUGUUUACCAGAUAAGAAGUCAGACAUGUCUGUUUCAUUGUCAUCCACCUUUAUGCCCUUUUUGUUAUGCUGUAUUUCUCAUCGUUGUGCAGAAACUGAAGCUGAUUUGCAGUGUUUAGGGAGCAUUGUUUAUGUGUAAACCCUACUUUUCUUUAGGUUUAAGGCUCUUGUGGUUAAAUCGUUGAGAUACGACGUAGAACAUCCCGUGUUUUAGCUAAACCCUCACAGGUUCUGGGGAAGAAAUGGAGUUCAUUUUCCAUGUGCUCAUUCUGCAGAGAAGGCUGGAUACACACUGGACGAUUUCCAGAUGCAACUGACUUUAAAAUAUAAUAAUCCUAGACUAUUCAGCAAGACCACACAUUUUUCAUAGUGGAGAUUCUGAGGACACGAAAUCUCACAGAAACUUGCGUGAUCAAACCUGAGUUCAGAAGAAAAAUACAAAUAGGACAAUCUGUUUUGCACCAAAAAAAAAAAAAAGAAUAAAUAAUGUGAAAGAAUCAGGGUGAAAUCCUGACUGAGAAAAAGGCAGAGAUGUGUUUAUUUUCUCUGCCAUGUUUGUGAGCUGUUAAAGGUUGCAAAUCCUGCCGACAACGCCAUCUCCGCUCGCUCUUAUUGGCUCAUCAGAGGCAGACCGCCCUGGAAUAAAAAUAUCAAACAUGUUUGAUUCUUAACUGAGAUUGAGGAGGCUCUGAUCUGAUUGAAGCAGUAAAAAUAAUUGUAUUGAAUCCACUCAUUUUAGGAUCAUUUGGACAAAUAAUCAGUUGUGACUAGUCUUGAAUUGGUCCACAUCCCACCAGACCACUGAAAAAACCUAGAAAUCGUCCGGUGUGUAACCAGCCAUCUUCAGCUGCUCUGUUCUUCCUGAUUUAGUCGUGUUAAACCAGAUGCCGUAUCAGGUCUUCACACUGCUCUGGAAUCAGUUUCUACAUUUGAUUUCAUACUUAAAGAUGGCUUUGGUGAAUAUAUAUGAAAAUAAAUGAAUAAAUACUGUACCCAGUGAAGAUGCAUGCUUUCUCCACCAGAUGUCAGCCUCCACAAAACCUGGGUUUGAAUCGGAGUGUCAUUGCAGGUUAGGUUUACAGACAGAAGAGCUGAAAAACUAGACUAAAACUAACAAAAACAGAUCUGUGAUGACUAAAACUGACAAAACUACAUUUGGUUUUUGGUAAGAUGACUAAAACUACAUUAAAAUGUAGUUUUCAUCUGGCAUUCAAGAUCUGUGAUAUUUGUCCACUGUGGGUAAAUCUAUCAAAAAACAAUGCAGCUGUUUCCUGUCUCUCAGCUGUAGAAAGCAGGGACCCCAGGUUUAGCAGGGUGCAGAACACACUACCAUGAUUUGGUA